UCCAGUUUUCUACCGUCGCUUUAGCGCCAACAUGGCGGCCAAGGAAAGUCUUGUGGCUGUUAGAGGAACAGACGGGUUAUCUAUGGUUCAUGGUUCACCAUCCUUUAGGCAACACGAGGGAUUUGGAAGCGACAACUCACCAAGAUGCAGAGUAAUGACAUUUAGUUCUGAUGGAUCCUUGUUUGCUUGGUGUAACGGCCAGAGUGUGCUAGUUGUGGAGACUUCCCAGUUCAGUUUAGUAUGCCGUAUUCCUAAAGAGAAAAUAUUUUGCAUGGCAUUUUCACCAAAAGGCACUCACUUGUCAACAUGGGAGCAAUACUCAGUCAGCAAAGAUCAGACUACACCAACAAACAAUCUUGAAAUCUGGAAUCUUCAGGCAGGGAGAUUAGUUGCUGGGUUUGCACAGAAGAAAAAGGAGACCUGGCAACCAAAGUGGAGUGAGGAUGAGUCAGUGUGUGCUCGCUCUGUCACUAAUGAAGUACAUUGCUUCCAUGAUGCAGACUUUACGUCCAUUGUCACUAAGCUAAGGCUUCAAGGUGUAACAGACUUUGAGUUGUCUCCAGGUCCCCCACCUUUCACAGUGGCUGCUUAUGUUCCUGGUGCAAAGGGUGCACCUUGUUAUGUACGGCUAUUUAGACACCCAAAUUUUGACAGUCCAGCUUCUGUCCUUGCAAACAAGAGCUUCUUUAAGGCAGACAGAGUUAAACUGCUGUGGAACAAGAGAGGCUCGGCAGUCCUUGUUGUUACAGCAACAGAUGUUGACAAGUCAGGGGCAUCUUAUUAUGGUGAACAAACACUACAGUAUAUCAGCACCUCUGGAGAGAGCAGCAUGGUACAAUUAGCCAAGAGAGGACCAAUUUAUUCUGUACAAUGGAGCCCAAACUCUAAAGAGUUUUGCGUGGUCUAUGGUUUUAUGCCAGCAAAGGCGACACUGUUUGAUCUCAAAUGUGAACCUCUGUUUGACUUUGGAACAGGACCAAGGAACAAUGUGUUUUACAAUCCACAUGGAAAUAUUGUAUGCCUUGCUGGCUUUGGAAAUCUCAGAGGCCAACUGGAACUGUGGAGCAGAAAGGAUUUAAAGCUUAUAAGCAAACCUCAGGCCAGCGACUCAACAUCACUUGAAUGGUCUCCAGAUGGUGAGCACAUUUUAACAGCUACGACCUCUCCAAGGCUCAGGGAAGGAAAUGGCUAUAAAAUCUGGCAUUACACAGGAAGUUUGUUACAUGAAAAGAGUGUUGGUGAACUUUGGGAGGUUAAGUGGCAGCCUGUUCCUGAUGGUGUGUUCAAAGAACCAGUGAUCAAUUAUCGGGCUGUUCCCUCCACUGCAAGUCAAGAGCAGCAGAAAACUAAAGAUGUUUACCGUCCCCCUGGCCUUAGAGGAACUGCACCAUCAGUGAAAGUGCAUGAAAAUGAACCUGCAGAAAACCUGAAGCAAAAAGAAGGGCAGGAAAUGUCUAAAUCUGCUGCAAAGAACAAGAAAAAGAGGGAGGCAAAAGCAAGAGCAAAGCAAGAACAGGAGGUUUCUGGAGAGGCACAGGUAGCAAGCGCAGCCCUACCGUCACCUCCCCCAUCAUCAGCAGUGACCAGUGCAACUCUUCCACCAGAGAAAGAAAAAAAGCUCAGGAAUUUAAAAAAGAAACUGCGGCAAAUUGAAGACCUGAAGGAACAACAGAAAUCAGGAAAAAUACUAGAGAAAAAUCAGAUGGACAAAAUAGCAGCAGAGGAAUCUCUAAUAAAGGAAAUACAAGAACUUGAACUUGGAAGAUGACAUCAAGGAUUUAACUUCCUUGUCAAUAGUUUUAUUCUGCACUUUCUGUUUCUAUAACACUUCCUGAAGGAUAGAAACAACAACUGAUGAAUUGUCAUGUUUAAAAGUAGUGUGAUCUACACAAUGCAGAUCUUGCUACUUUCAAACAUCACAAAUGAACAAAUUAUAGUUUUGGAAGUUCUACUUAGAACCGUGAAUUCUUUUGUUCUUAGAGGGGAAUCUUUGUUCCCAAAAAUUGCCCCAUUGUCAUAAAAUUAAUGAUUCAGAUCUGAUCAAGCUACAGAACUAUCAAUUUUUAUUGACUGUCCCAAGGAAUUUGAGCCUGUUGUAUUGAGUACUUUUUUUGUGCAACACAGGUUUAGAAACUCAAAAUUUUCCCACCCAGACAUUUUGCAGUUUCGCAUUAAAUAUUACACCCAAAAAGCCAAAAAUGUAUCCAGUUACUAAGUUUUACCAGCUCUUUAAAUGUUUGGGGUCAAUUUGUAUCUGGCAUAAUGCCUUCUCUGCACAAAGUCAUAUGUUAGUGUGGAAAAGUGUAAACAGUGAUGUAAGCAAAGAUCACCCUGUACAGUCACUCCUAUGCUAAUAGACAUAUCCUGUGAUUACACAGGACUAUGAGUAGUCCCUCUUUCACUUAGUCUGUCAAGUGAGACCCCAAAUAAACCGCGGGGAAAAAAUGGCCGCGUGAAACCCCCAGGAGUUCGCACGGCCAUUUUUUCUCGUGGUUUUCUUUUUGAUCAAUACACGACAAACUAAACGAAAGAGGGACUACUCGUUCAUGCAGCCAGCUACAUAGAAACACUUCAUUUGAAGCCUACCAUAUGUGUAAAUCUGUCCUAUGUAGACCAUUUUCAGGGUUUCUGCUUACAUCAAGUUAAUUUUGAGUGCAAUUACAUGUCUGAAUGACAAAGGUUUCUAACACUUCAAGUAAAGGUGUUACAUGUAAAUGCAAGUGCAAUCAGGACCUUGUAUUCUGGCUGACAAAGUAACAAGUGAUCAACUUGUGAUUCUCCUUAUUAAGUGCCAAUACCUAAACAAGCAUUCAAGUGUAGAGAUUUAAGAAUUGAUCAAUGACGAGAAACUAUUUUAUUUAAAACGUUUUUUUUUUUUCAACUAGACUAGCACAAUAAGAAGUGAAUGGAAACCUGUAUGGAGAAUUUGUAUGUUGACAAUGGAGUUGAAACAAGAGCUGUGAUAGUGAUGGUUAACUUGGGACAAAUUUAUUAUUUUACAUCCAUUAGAUUCACAAAUUAUAAUUAUAUGUUUCAAAUAGUUUCAAAACACACACUGGCCUUCUACAUACUGUACUUCUUGCAUAAGACAAUUUGCUAUUAAUAAAUAGUUCUAAUAUUUUA